GGGUGAGAGUGGCGGAAAAGGGACGUCUGUUCUUUAAUGUGAAUGAUUGUUGAUUUAGGUGCUACAUGGUGCCUGGGAAAGCAAGAGGUGAAACUUAUGUAAUCUUUUGUGGAUCUGAUUACCUUGAAUAAGAUUGGAAUAGCCUUUAGUGGAAUUGCUAUGGACCAGCAGCACCAGGACUUCCUGAGUUCUUCACCGAACAGCCACGGGCUUCACUACAACUCCUCGGAUACCAUGGCGACUUCCCUCUCCGGUAUGACCAUCAAUGACCAUCACCAUGGCAACCAGUUCCAUAAGGAGAACGGCGUUGCAGUGGGGCACAUGGGACCAGGAGAUUGUCCAAUGAAAGUGGAGGCUGAGGAGUCCGAGCCUUUGCCAGAGGAGAGAAAGGAUGGGACUGUGUCCAUCUCUAAGCUGAAGGAGACUCAGAGCGCCCCCUCUGGUCAGGAGGUGUCCACUGCAGAUGACCCAACAGCAACAGCAGAAGGGUUACAGGAUGAGCUAGCCUCACCAUCGGAGGUCAUGGAGGCUCAGAGCGCCCACUCUAGAGUAGAGGGGGACCUCGCAGAGUGUCUAGAGCAAGCAGCGGAAGAGACAGAGUGUGGGCUAGCCUCCCCAUCUGCCAUCGCUGAGACUGAGAGCGCCCUCUCUGUUGAGGAGGGGCAACUAGCAGACGACCCAACAGCAACAGCAGAAGGGUUACAGGAUGAGCUAGCCUCACCAUCGGAGGUCAUGGAGGCUCAGAGCGCCCACUCUAGAGUAGAGGGGGACCUCGCAGAGUGUCUAGAGCAAGCAGCGGAAGAGACAGAGUGUGGGCUAGCCUCCCCAUCUGCCAUCGCUGAGACUAAGAGCGCCCUCUCUGUUGAGGAGGGGCAACUAGUGGAAUGCCUGGAACCUGCAGCAGAGGAAGCUGAUGAUGGUCAAUUGUCUGUGUCUGAGCACUCUGAAGCUGACAUCGCCCCCUCUGGUGAGGGGGAGGAGUGUGCAAGUGGAGGAAACAUGGCUUCUCCAACAGCACAACCCAAGGCUGACAUUGAUGCUGACAAGCGGACCACCCGAACAGCCCUUUCCAAAGCUAGACCCUCCUCCCUAAAAAGGCCCACCGCAGUCCCCCCGUCCCUCAGAAGGAAAGCCCCAACCCCCCCUUCUAGCAGGUGCCCCCCAGCCCCCUCCAAGCCCCCCAUCUCUGGGCCCAGAGAGAGCCAGCUCAGGGCUCCAGGUGCAAGACCUCAUGCUGCAGGCACUAAGAUCCCAGCCAUGACACCAACUCAGUCGGUCAAUGGCAAAGCUGCUGCUGCCAAGAAUGGCAAAGUCUCCCCCAAGGCCACCGAUGCGAGUGGGGGCAACAGCCCUGGCACCCCCAAAUCCCCCGCCAGCAAAUCGCUGGGUACCAAGUCCCCCGCCACCGGCAAGGAGAUUAAGAAGGUGGCCGUGAUCCGCUCCACGCCCAAAUCCCCCGGGUCGCUCAAGGGCCGCUCACCAGCCCCGCUGGCCGCCGCCGCCCCACUGCCUGACCUCAAGGGGGUCAAGUCCAAGAUCGGCUCCACGGCCAACCUCAAGCACCAGCCAGGCGGAGGACAGGUCCAAAUUCUGGAUAAGAAGAUGGACUUGAGCAGUGUCCAGUCUAAAUGUGGAUCCAAAGCCAAUCUGAAAUAUCAGCCAGGAGGUGGAAAUAUCCAAAUUCUCGAUCAGAAGGUGGACUUCAGCAACGUCCAGUCCAGGUGUGGAUCGAAGGCCAACCUCAAGCAUACUCCAGGAGGUGGCAGAGUGCAAAUUCUUGAGAAGAAGAUGGACUUCAGUAAUGUUCAGUCUAAGUGCGGCUCCAAAGGCAAUAUCAAACAUGUACCGGGAGGUGGCAAUGUUCAAAUUGUUGAUCAGAAGUUGGACUUAAGUAGUGUCCAGUCUAGGUGUGGAUCCAAAGACAAUAUGAAACAUGUGCCAGGAGGUGGAAAUGUUCAGAUUGUCCACAAGAAGAUUGAUCUGACCAACGUGCAGUCGAAGUGCGGCUCUAAAGACAACAUCCACCACAAGCCAGGAGGUGGAGGGAGAAGGAUUGAGUCGCACAAGCUGAACUUCCGCGAGACAGCAAAGGCCCGCACCGACCACGGCGCCGAGAUUGUCUCCCUGGAGGACUCGCCCCACGACCUCAGCACCGUCUCCUCCUCAGGCAGCAUCAACAUGGCCGACUCGCCGCAGCUCUCCACACUGGCCGACCAGGUGUCGGCAUCUCUUGCCCAGCAGGGUUUGUGAUCACCUUGCCACCACUGCACACGCACAACCCAUUCUCUCUAUAACACACACACACACACACACACACACACACACACACACACACACACACACACAUACAGACACACACACACGUGACAAGUUAUCAACCAAGGAUCUCAACUCCCUGCUCUAACGUUCCGGUAGAAUAGUGACAAAAAAGAAAAAAAAAUUGCCCUCGUGAUGUUUCCCAUCACCUCUUUCUCACCUUGGGGAUUUUCAAAAAAAGAGCAAAAGACAUGACACUGUAGUUUCUGAGAUUUCUUACCGCGUAGCCGCCCGGCUAUCACUGUUGAUUUUUCUUAACCUUUAGUAUACAUGACGACCAAUGAAAGUGUUCUGAUCCUCAUGUUCACAUCAAAAGAUCAACUUCUUUUCUUCUCAUUUCCUUUUCACUGACUGUGGGAAUUGGUCAUUGAGUUAUUUUAGGAAAUAAUGAAAAAUUAAAAAAAAAAAAAAAAGAUUCAGAAGGGAUAAUGUUUCCUGAGAUCCUAUUGUAGCCUCAUAUCUUACCACUGCAUUUCUAUGGCAUUGUUGUCCAUUUCUAGGCCCGGUAGACUUUUACAUUGUUAGUCUUUUCUUUGAGAUGUUACGGUAUUGUUGUGGAAAUGUUUUGGGAUGAUUUGAAGUGCCAUUUCAACAGGAGAAUAUUCAUAUGGUGUGAAUAUGUAAUGGAAAAGGACACAUAACCGUAGGAUAAGAGGACACAGACUAUUUCGAUAUUAAGGAUUUGGAGGUUGUUUGAGGGGAAUUGCUUAACUUUGAGGCUUACAGCACCUACUCUAGAUAGAUAUUAAGUCUAACAAGAGGCACACACUAAAUGGCAGCAUUAUAUUGCAACGUUUGAUGACAAGGCUACUUUGUGUUAGUCCCUGUUUCCCUUUAAAAUAUUAAACUAACAUUAAAUAUUAAAACACAGUUACAGGGUAUCAGUAGUUGGCAAAUGCUUCGCUAAGGCAACCAGAGGUUAGCUUUGGUGAGUCAUAGUUUAUGCCAAGAUGAUCAGAGAUUCAGAACAGUGAGGUCAUUUCUUACUCUCUCUGGCAUAAAAGAGAGAAAAAAAACAAACAUACAAAAACUAAACGUAACUGAGACCCAGAGUGCUUGGUGUAGAGAAAACAGAUGUCUGUUGAGCACUUUCUUUCUUGUAAUAUUCUGUGGCUAUGACAUGUAUUUGAUAUGACUGUGCCUGCUGGCAGAUUUUAAUUUAUUAAGAUUCUUUUUUUUCUUUUUUGUAAGUGCUUCAUUGUAAAAUGCCUAUCAUGUUUUCAUUAUUUUUUUUUGUUUGUUUAAAAGUGGCGGCUGUUUCAUAUCCAUAAGUUAUGGGGAAAUACAAAAAAAAACUUCAUGGUAUUACUGUUCAGCAUUAACCCUGUGCAUGGUCACUUCUACGCUAUCCUUCUACAAAGCAGCUACUGCAGUAUUACGGGGAAAAAAUACACUUUUCAUACAUUCUUACAGGCCACUGUUGCUCCAUAUAACAACCUUGCUAAGAGAGAUUAAUGACAAGUCUAUUAGCCAACCUACACCUAAAUCAUCCAUUUUAUUAGCCAACCAAUGACCAUUCAACUAGCUAAUCAAAUUCUCUUGUAUUACAAAAAGUGUUAUGUAUUUGUACAAUUUGCCAGAUAACAUUUUACGACAGAAGGUUACAUCUACUACGAGUUCCAGAAGAUGGUGGCUAUCUCAGCCAGUGACGCCCUUACUAUCACUGAGAGUGGCUCAUGUUGGCCUUUUUAAAUCAAAGAAUGCCACAGCUUCGAGGAAGGCUACAAUAGACACACCCUGAUGACCUGGCUUACUACACCUUAAGGGUGUGCAAAUGACUAACGAAGCUCAGAAUUGUAUACCCGUCAUGUAUACACAAUGGUGCAGUAUCAUGUAAGGCCUAACUCCAGUACGAGACCACUGAAAACUGGCCUAUCCUCUCUUCAGAUGACAUCAACUCAAUAAAGAGAGAGCUGUGUGAGUGUGUUAUCACUCUCCUCUAAAUAGAUGAGGCAUCUUCCUCAUCUGCUGUGGACAGUCAUUAACAAGUACGUGUCCAGUGCCAUUCGGACCUCAUGCCCAUGCUUUGAUCUCAUGGAGCCUACACUCACCAGUCAGAGCAUGAUUUUAUCUGAGCACCUCAGUCUGCCAGCCUUGUAGGCCCAUAGCUACACCUGACUGAACACUCUUUUAUGAACUUUGUCAAAUCAGGUUGACAGGUCGGUAGCCCAUCUUGAAUUGGGUGUGGUGCUAUUAUGUAGUCUCCCGGUGAAUCGGAGGAAAGCAUUCUCAAUCGGCUGUGGCAUCCCACAACUGAUCAUUUGAAAACUAUGCUACUUGCAUGCGUCUCUUGGAGGAGAUGGAUCUCUUUGUUGCCUCUUUGUUUUUUUUUUGUUUUUAACACGAUGCAUUAAUAGUAUAUCCUUUGCUCUCAAUCUCGCGCUUCUUAGGAUAAAUAUAUGUAGGUAUUACUGCAACGCAACACUACCCAAAAGGUAACCUUUACCUUACUGGAUGAAGAAGGGAGGUGUAGUAAUAGUAUUUGAUUCUAUAUAACGUAAUGUGUAUAUGUUUGAUUCUCGAAUUAACUGUUUGCCAAGGACAUAUAUUUGAGGACACCAUGGACAUGAAAGCGGUCAUUCAAAACUUAAACGCAGUGCUUGCAACACAAUAAUCUGCAUGCUGUUUGGUCUUAGUUUUUCUUUACUCUAUCACAAAUUUGGCGGCACAUUUUUUGAAUGUUUUUGGACAGAUGUGUGUACUAGUGGGAAUCAUGGGUUUUUGGAGUGGUGGGGUUUUGGACGAGGGUAAGAAAAGUGAUUUGGGUUAAGAAGUUGGAGUCUCGGCCUGGAUAAGGCGGAUGGACAGAAGAAAGGAAUUGGUGGCUACUAGGUAAAGUGGUCUGGCUUGUGGCUGUUUUUUCUUUCUUUUUCCUCCCCAGUAGCCCUCCUCCCUCCCUUGAGGGCUCUAGGAGAUGGACUUGCCGUUGUUCCUGUCUACACCUUUCUCACCAGUUUUGCGGGUUGUACAUUUUAGCUUGAGCGUUGUGAUUGUCGAUAUUGUUCUUGUGUGUUUUAAUAAUAAUUGGUUUAUGAUGAUUCUUGUCGCUGUAAAUGUGAAUUUGGAAAUAAAGAAUAUUAAACCACCAUA